UGUCUGUCUGUCUGUCUGUCUGUGUUACAUUCUGAGACCCAGCCUAGCAAGAAGAGAUGUGGUUACUCUUGUGCAGUUGCAAUCAUUUUGAAACGUGUCUUGUUUAGAUGUCCUGAUGGCAAAAGCCCUGCAAACUAUGAUCAGGGAAAAUAUCUCCGAUAAAUGUCAUUUCAAAUUUUGGACGUGCAUAAUUCUGUUUACAUCUAGUAGGCUCUCAAAACUGUAUCAUCUCUGUCCAAAUUUCCAUUGCCUGAUGUGUCAGUUAAACGGUCAGCCAUAAAUGUGAGAAACGCAUAGUUGAAAGCCAGUAUCGAUAAAUGCGGCUUCCACGAAGAUCAGGUUUUAAAACGUUACACAUAACCUUGAAGAGUGAAAUAUUUAUAAGGCAUAUGUUGCAAAGGGAUAUUCAACUCAAAUACGUGGAUGUAAAAGCGCCAUUGCUGGAAAAUGGCUACGUCCGCUCCUGUCACAAAACUAUCUGCAGCUGUGUUAGGUUUAACAGUAGGGUUUUCGUUGGCGUCCAUUUUUGUUGUGUUCUUUACAAUGGAACAUUCCGACUUUCAUUUCGUCUCGUCUAUUAUUAACUCUGAACAUCCACAAGCUGUUCAUUCAAGGGGGAUGCACAAUCUAUCCAAUGGCCUCAAUGAAGGAUUUCAGAAGUCGUUGGGACAAUAUUUGUCUGGAAAUAUCAAAUUUGAGGACCUGCAUCUCCAUAAAGAUAAUGAUGCCAUAUCCAAGGCUCUGUAUCAAAAGGAGCGAGUACUGUGCUGGAUUAUGACGUCACCAAAGAACCUGGAUGUUAAAGCACGUGUAGUUCGUGACACGUGGGCUAGGCGCUGCAACAAAGUCCUCUUCAUGAGCUCUGUGACAGAUCCAAAGUUCCCUAUAAUCGGAUUAAACGUGUCGGAAGGGCGGGAGCAUCUGACGGCCAAAACGAUGCAGGCUUUCCGCUACAUCUACGAAAACCACUUUGAUGAUGCUGACUGGUUCAUGAAAGCUGACGAUGACUCAUAUGUUAUUUUAGAAAAUCUCCGAUACUUUCUGACGUCCCAAAACAAAUCCGAACCUGUAUUUUUUGGUCAUCAUUUCAAGACACUUGUCAAACAAGGGUACUACAGUGGCGGAGGAGGGUAUGUGCUGAGUAAGGAGGCGUUGAGGAGAUAUGGGGAGAAGGGUCACGAUCCCAAAGUGUGCAGGCCUGAUGGUGCUGGAGAAGAUGUAGAGUUCGGCAGAUGUAUGGAGAACCUGGGGGUAAGGACAGUCAACACAACAGACGCUCUCGGGAGGAGCAGAUUCCACUGUUUUUGGCCUGAGAAGCAUUUGGCGGGUACAUACCCAGAGUGGUUUUACCAGUACGAUGCAAAUGGUGCUAAGAAGGGUAUAGACAGCAUCUCUGACUACUCCAUAUCCUUCCACUACGUGCCCCCACAGACGAUGUACGAUCUGGAGUUUUACAUCUACCACUUACGACCGUACGGCAUUGUGUCCGGCACUCAGGAGCUUAACAGAAAAGAGAAGGUGAAACCUGGAACCAAGGAGAUCAAUCCAUAAGAGAAUUGACACAGAGGACGUCUUUCGUCUGAUGUCUUGUUCGACAGAGAAGUUCCAUCCAUUAUUUGGUUCUGUUCGUAUUUUUCCAAAUGCCUUAAACAGUAUUAAUACUAUUGAUCAUGUAUAUAGCUUUUAUGAUGAUAUAACAAAUCGAUAUGAUAACGUAAAGGCACUAUGAAACAAUUAUACGUACCUAUAUACACUUGUCAGGUACCUAUAUUCACUAGUCAGAAGUAUGUUAAGUACCUAUAUCAUUUCAUCAGUAUGAUGUAAAGGUAUGUUACAUACUACUGACAAGUGUAUAUAGGUACUUUACAUACCACUGACAAGUGUAUAUAGGUACUUUACAUACAUCUGACAAGGGUAUAUAGGUACACUACACUCUACUGACAAGUGUCUUUGAACACCAAAAUGCAUGUGUUAUGUGGGAGAAGUUGAAAGCCAAGUUGUAUUAAAUUAUGUGGACGUAACUGGUUUGAUUUCUCAGGUUGGUACUGUGUGAACCCCAUAUUUGCCGUCACUCAGGAGUGGUGACAUGCUCUUUUGCCCCCAACCACACACCCCACUCACUCACUCACUCGUCUUUGGAAAGUUGAAAUGCAUACAUCUACUACUGUCGCGGUAUGAAAUUGUUUGGUGAUAUAUACUAAAGGAAAAAGGGACUGUACAUAA